AUGUGUUCGCUGAAAAAUCCUGAUGGUAGUCAGAAGUAUACAAGAUUUAUUUUAGAUAUGUGUCCUAGUCUAGAAAGAUGUUAUAAAUAUGAAAGGCCGUUUAAUGAGCGAGGUUGGGUUAUUUUAAGACCAAAGUUGAUAAAGGAGUAUCACGAAAUUACAGAAAGGUUAGUGGUAUCAAGUGAAGAUGGAAGUAGUAGUCGAGAUGACGAUUCUUCAGACGAUGAAUCCGAUGCUCGAAUGGCUAUGUUUUUUCUUGCUUAUGCUCUUAAUUCUCUU